AGGAAAGGUAGCCCGCAGAGACCUCUCCUCUCCUUUCCUUUCUGUUUUCAGUCCACAGUCAGCGGCAGGAGCGCGCACGCAGUCACAGUCACGCAUACGUACCCCCCCACUCUCGCCAGGCACAUUGACAAACACGUACGCUCGCACACAACGUGGAAUUUUAGGGGGGACAGCAGCGAGUCACCGGCGUGGUGGUGGGGCGCGGGGGGGACUUAAACCGGAGCAUGCGUCCGGCACCGGGUCGUCGAUCCACAAGUGAGCUUCUCAAGUGUGCAGCUGACGGGCAGAGAUUUUUAACGCCGACGGUCCUCUCUGGCGGAGCUCCGCAAAACUGUUUGGAUUAAUUAACGGCACCAUACUUUUCGGAGGCUGUUAAGUUUUUUUUUUUUUUUUUUUUAAUUCAUCAUCUGUGUGCGCAAAGAAACAAACGAGCAGGCAGCCUCCCGGGGAGCGCAAUUUGGGCUCCUCCGUCAUGGACCGUGACGUUAAUCGAGACGCCCGGAGAGAAGCGAGGAGGUCGCCGCCGGAGAUGUUCACCCUGCCGGCGUUGUUGCCGUUUCUGCUCCUCGCUACGGUCCGCACCGCCUUGGCUCAAGUGGACGACGAUUUCAUCGGUCUCAGCGAGCUGCCGGAAACCUUCCCCUCGGACCCGCCUGAACCGCUGCCCGUCUUCCUGAUGGAGCCGGAGGAGGCCUACAUCGUCAAAAACAAGCCCGUCAACCUGUACUGUAAGGCCACGCCCGCCACGCAGAUCUACUUCAAGUGCAACAGCGAAUGGGUGCACCAGAAGGAGCAUACGGUGGAGGAGCGUGUGGAUGAGAACUCUGGGCUGGUGGUGAGAGAAGCCAGCAUCGAGAUCACUCGCCAGCAGGUGGAGGAGCUCUUUGGACCCGAGGACUUCUGGUGCCAGUGUGUGGCCUGGAGCUCGGCAGGGACCACCAAGAGCCGCAAAGCCCACGUCCGCAUCGCUUACCUGCGGAAGACUUUUGACCAAGAACCGCUCGGGAAGGAAGUGUCACUGGAACAGGAAGUGUUGCUUCAAUGCCGCCCACCCGAAGGCAUCCCGAUGGCUGAGGUGGAGUGGCUGAAAAACGAGGAGGUGAUUGACCCUGCCGAUGACAGGAAUUUCUACAUCACCAUCGACCACAAUCUGAUCAUCAAACAGGCGCGCCUCUCUGACACGGCCAACUACACGUGCGUGGCCAAGAACAUCGUGGCCAAGCGACGCAGUACCACUGCCACGGUCAUCGUCUACGUAAACGGUGGCUGGUCAACAUGGACCGAGUGGUCGGUGUGCAACAGCCGCUGUGGGCGGGGCUACCAGAAACGCACACGCAGCUGCACCAAUCCUGCGCCACUCAACGGCGGCGCCAUCUGCGACGGACAAGGCAUCCAGAAGCUGCCGUGCAAUCCUCUCUGUCCAGUGGAUGGCCUGUGGACAGAGUGGAGUAAGUGGUCCACCUGUGGGACCGAGUGCACCCACUGGAGGAGGAGGGAAUGCGGCGCGCCGGCACCCAAAAAUGGGGGCAAGGACUGUGAGGGCAUGGUACUGCAGUCCAAGAACUGCACGGACGGCCUGUGCAUGCAGAGUUCCUUAUAUCAGAAGUCAGCUGAGGCUAAAGGGAAGCUUGAUUUGGGAAAUCCAUUGGCCCCCAGCACGGACGACGUGGCGCUCUACGUGGGCAUCGUCAUCGCCGUGAUCAUGUGCCUGAUCAUCUCCGUGGUCGUGGCGCUCUUCAUCUACCGGAAGAACCACCGCGACUUCGACUCGGACAUCUUGGACUCCUCCGCCCUCAACGGAGGCUUCCAGCCUGUCAGCAUCAAGACGACGCGUAAAGCCAAUCUUCUUACGGCACCCCCUGACCUGACCUCGGCGGCCGCCAUGUACCGAGGCCCCGUCUACGCCCUGCACGACGUGGCCGACAAAAUCCCCAUGACCAACUCGCCCCUGCUGGACCCUCUGCCCAACCUCAAGAUCAAAGUGUACAAUUCCUCCGGCCUGGUGACGCCGCAGGACGACCUGGGAGGCGAGUUCUCCUCCAAGCUUUCGCCCAAGCCUCCGCACUGCCUGCUGGACAACGGCGAAGGCACGAUCGGGCGUCGCACGCAGACGCAAACGCUGCUGCGAUCCAGGGACCCUUCCUGUACUGCCGUGGGGUCCUUCAGCUCGCAAGGGGGCCACCUCAUUGUCCCAAAUUCAGGUGUGAGUCUUCUUAUCCCGGCAGGAGCCAUCCCACAGGGUCGAGUGUAUGAAAUGUACGUGACCGUCCAGAGGAAAGAAACCUUGAGGCCCUCGGUGGAAGACGGGCAAGCGGUUUUGAGCCCCGUGGUGAGCUGCGGCCCGCCGGGAGCCCUUUUGACGCGGCCCCUGGUACUCACCAUGCACCAUUGCGCCGUCUCGGACGGCCAACAGGAUUGGUUGAUCCAGCUCAAGAGCCAAUCGCCGCAGAGCAUUUGGGAGGACGUGGUGGUGGUGGGCGAGGAGAACUUCACCACGCCGUGCUACAUCCAGAUGGACGACGAGGCGUGCCACAUCCUUACCGAGACUCUUGGCACGUACUGCCUGGUGGGCCAAUCGCUCAGCGCGGCCACCAACAAGCGCCUCAAGCUGGCCAUCUUCGGGCCGCUCACGUGCGCCGCCGCCGAGUACCACAUUCGUGUCUACUGCCUGGACGACACGCAGGACGCGCUCAAGGAAGUCCUCCAAAUGGAGAAACAAAUGGGCGGGAAGUUGCUAGACGAACCAAAGACGCUCAACUUCAGCGACAGCACACACAACCUGAGACUUUCAAUCCACGACGUCCCUCACACACUGUGGAAGAGCAAGCUGCUGGCCAAAUAUCAGGAGCUCUGUUUCCAGCAAGUCUGGGAUGGCUCCCAGAGGAACCUCCACUGCUGCUUCACUCUGGAGCGCUUCUCCACCGCCACCGUGGACCUCACCUGCAAGAUUUGCGUGCGCCAAGUAGAGGGGGAAGGUCAGAUCUUUCAGCUGGACACGACAUUAUCAGAGGAUUCGCAAAGCAUCGACACGUCACUGCUGGACCCGGCCAGCAACAUCACCACGCUGGUGGGACCCAACGCCUUCCGCAUCCCCGUCUCCAUCCGCCAGAAGCUGUGCGGCAGCCUGGAUGCGCCGCAGACCCGCGGCAACGACUGGAGGAUGCUGGCCCACAAACUCAACCUCGACAGGUGUGGGUACAGUAUUGGAAGGGGGAAAAAAAAGUAAACGUCUUUAU